CGCGGCCCGGAAGCCGUCUUCGCUUGCUUUGCUUUUGCUUUCCUCCCCGGUUUCGUCUUCCUCUGAUCCUCUCGCCGCCGCUGCUCCCCCAACCGAAUCCGACGACCUCGCCGCCGGGCACGCCCGCCGCACGCGACCUCCUCUUCCUCCGCCGGAAGCCACCGGACCUCCUCGCCGACGGAUUGCACCCGGCAAUGACGAUGGUGGAGGCCGAGGCCGGCAAGGAGGCGAUCCGGCGAGCCCUGCGGUCUCUGCGGCGGAGGCAUCUCGUCGAGGAGGGCGCCCACCGCCCGGCCAUCGAGGCGCUCGCCCGGCCCUUCGCCGCCCAAGCGGUGGAGUGGAAAGAGAAGGCUGAGAAGCAUGAAUUGGAGCUGCAGCAAUGCUACAAGGCUCAGUCACGUUUGUCCGAGCAGCUCGUUACCGAGAUAGAAGAGGGGAAAGCAUCAAAAGCGCUGCUUAAAGAGAAAGAAACACUGAUUACUACCAUGCAGACUGAACUCGAGCAAACCAGGGAAGAAAAUACGCAGCUCAAGCAGUCGCUUGAAGAAAAAACAAGCGCUUUAGAUCUUAUAAUUCAGGAGCACCAGGCAGUUAAAGCUGAACUUGAACAGGCAUUAACAAAACAGAAAGUGGCAGAAGAUGAAAACAGGAAUCUGAUUGAUCGAUGGAUGCUUGAGAAGAUGAAGGAUGCAGAGAGGCUUAAUGAGGCAAAUGCAAUGUAUGAGGAGAUGGUUCUAAAGCUGAAGUCAGCUGGUGUUGGUGGUAUACAACACAAUGCACUACAAGAAGCUGAUGGCAUCAUUCGUCGUUCUGAAGCUGGGUACAUGGACAUCAUGGAAACACCAAUCCCAUCUACAUGCAGAAUCACUAUCCGUGCUCAUGAUGGUGGCUGUGGAUCUAUAAUUUUCCAGCAUAACACAGACAAGCUAAUCAGUGGUGGCCAGGAUCAAACUGUCAAGAUUUGGUCUGCACAUACCGGUGCUUUAACCUCCACUCUACAAGGCUGUUUGGGGUCUGUCAAUGAUCUUGCUGUGACUAAUGACAACAAGUUUGUGAUUGCUGCCUGUAGCUCUAACAAAUUGUUUGUAUGGGAAGUUAAUGGGGGGCGCCCACGUCACACUCUGACUGGUCACACAAAAAAUGUUUCAUCCGUUGAUGCAAGCUGGGUGAAGAGCUGUGUUCUUGCUAGUUCAUCCAAUGAUCAUACCAUCAAGAUUUGGGAUCUUCAGUCAGGCUUCUGCAAAAGCACCAUAAUGUCAGGGAGCAACGCCAACUCACUAGCUUUCAUUGAUGGUGUCACCCUUUGCUCGGGUCAUAGGGAUGGACACCUUCGGUUAUGGGACAUCCGAAGUGCAAAAUGCACUAGUCAGACAUUCGCUCAUCUUGACGUAAGCUCUGUCAGUGUGUCACGGAAUAGAAAUUUCAUUCUUACAAGUGGAAAGGAUAACGUGCACAACCUUUUUGAUCCUAGAACAAUGGAAGUUUGUGGAAAAUUCAAGGCCAUGGGUAACAGAGUGGUUAGCAGCUGGGGCAGGCCUUGCAUAAGCCCUGAUGAAAACUCCAUAGCUGCUGGUGCUAAUGAUGGGUCUGUUUACAUAUGGUCAAGAUUGAAAAAGGAUGGGGUACCGACGAUCCUACAGGGCCAUUCUUCGUCGGUAGUUUCAAGUUCAUGGUGUGGGUUAGGACCUCUUGCUACCGCUGACAAGCAUCAUAUCUAUAUCUGGACUUGAGAUCUUUGGUUCCUUUGGUCAUUGAAUCCAGGUUUUUGAGAGUUUUGUUCCAAUGUAUUGAUGUCUACCUCGCUUUCCUCUCAAAGAUGCUAGUUUACAUGUAAAUAGCUUAGUUUAUAAGCAUUGUGAAUAACUUAAUCCGCAAAUUGACAGUAAACCUCAUUGGCUUACUUUUCUCUGACAUCUGUUAAUGGUUGGUCAAUGCUCAGCUGGGCUGGGCUUUUAAAGCAGCAAAUUUUCUCUAGGUUUUAGUAUGUGCAAUUGCUGAUCCAUAUGGCUAUUUUUUGGAUGAAAAAUGGAUAAUCAUUCAUCACAGCUUCAACCAAACCUUAUGGGCAAUAACAUUGGCUUUACAUCUCGAGGUGCGUAUGAAUAUUUCUAUUUGGAUAAUAGUUGCCUUAGUAUGACCCUACAUUGUCAUGUACAGUUCUCUACUUCCAUUAGAUCCUAUAGAUUAAUAGGGGGUGCUAAUUUUUAAUGAAAUGCGCUUUUUUUUCCUUUCCAAGUUGCUAAAGUUAGUUCAUCAUAAAAUGAUGAACAGUGUGAGCAAUUAACCUUCGGCAAGUUGCAAGCGAGGGGGGAUGUAUAGCUAGCAACCCUAUGUACCCUUGCAGAUAUUUGAAGCAAUGGAAGCUGGACCGCAAUUAGGUAUUUGGAUUAUGGACUUGGAGUAUUUUAGUGCGGUCCUUUUUUAUUUCUCUUUUGUAAGAUUUUAGUUUAUCAGCUCUAAAUUAGACUUGACUUGUUCUUCCUGUUCAAAGAAGGAAGAUCAGUGUCUGUAUGAGUCUUGCAAUUGCAUCUGAAGCUCAGACGAGCAAGUUAAAGUCUGAUUUUUUUUUAAUUAACAAA